AUGGCAACCAUACGGUUGCUGCUCUUUCUGGCUUUCUGCUAUGCUGGGAUUCAUAUGAUCUCUUCUGAAACAAACCCCGAUGAUGUUGCUGUUUUCAUAUCCUUGAAGGGGGCAUGGACGAAUCUUCCACCCAGCUGGAACGACAAAUCAAAUGAUCCCUGUGGAAUGAACUGGGAAGGAGUCACCUGCAACAAUUCGAGGGUGACCGCAUUGGGAUUAUCAGCAAUGGCCUUGAAAGGAAAAAUUGAAGGCGAUAUCGGGGGACUCUCUGAAUUAAGAUCCUUGGACCUUUCAUUCAACCAAGGCCUCACGGGUUCUCUGUCUCCACGAUUAGGAGAUCUGAGCAAGUUAAAUAUCCUGAUCCUAGCUGGCUGCGGCUUCAGUGGCAAUAUUCCAGAUGCUUUGGGCAAUCUUGGAGAGCUAACUUUCUUGGCUCUGAAUACGAAUAACUUUACUGGUAAAAUACCUCCUUCUUUGGGUAAACUCUCCAAACUUUUCUGGUUGGACCUGGCAGACAAUCAGUUGACUGGAACUCUACCAAUUUCAACCCCCGUUACCUCAGGCUUAGACAAACUAUUGAAGGCUAAACACUUCCAUUUCAACAAGAACCAGCUUUCAGGUACCAUUCCACCCAAACUUUUCAGCUCUGAGAUGAAACUGAUACACAUUUUGUUUGAUGCAAAUCAAUUUAUUGGGGAGAUUCCAUCAACCAUAGCACUCGUUCAGACUCUUGAGGUUCUUCGGCUUGAUAGAAAUGCUCUGACAGGAAAUGUCCCCUCAAAUAUCAGAAACCUAACAAGUGUCAAUGAACUAAAUUUGGCUCACAACAAUUUGACAGGCCCUUUACCUGACUUAACUGGAAUGAUUUGCCUCAAUUAUGUAGACCUGAGUAACAACUCAUUUGACCCAUCAGAAGCUCCACCUUGGUUCUCAAACUUACCCUCAAUCACCACUAUCAUUUUAGAAUUUGGAGCACUUGAAGGGACUGUGCCAGAGAAGAUGUUCAGCAUCACAUCAUUGCAGCAAGUGAAACUGAAAAACAAUACAUUUAACGAUACAUUGAAAUUGGGUGAUAGCAUCAGUCCACAACUGCAACUUGUUGAUCUGCAGAACAAUCAGAUUCCUAAUAUAACUCCUGGUUAUGAAUACAAACAUAGAUUAAUACUUGUAGGGAACCCAGUUUGCACCAAUGGAACUAGCUCAAAUUCAUUCUGUCAGCUUCUGCAAAAAAUACAGAAACGUAUACUACUAGCUCGAAUUGUUCAAACAUUACAUGCCCCGAUAAACAGAAGCUCGGCCCUCAGAGUUGUCAAUGUGCAUAUCCUUUCGAAGGAACAUUGUAUUUCAAAGCACCCUCUUUCAGGGAUUGUCAAAUAUGACUAUGUUUCACUCACUAGAAACGGCUCUAUGGGAUACACUUGGCCUCACUCCUGGCCACCGGAGGGGUUUGGACCCUAUUAUUUUAUUCCAGAUCCUUAUACUUUCCCAGGUGGGAAUAAAAGUUCUAUGAGCACUGGUGUUAUUAUUGGGAUAUCAGUUAGUUGUGUAGCUCUUGUACUGGGUCUCGUGGUAGUGGGAAUAUGUGCCAUUAGGCAAAAGAAACGUGCAGAAAGAGCCAUUGGAUUAAGCCGACCUUUUGCUUCUUGGGCACCAAGCGGAAAAGAUAGUGGUGGUGCACCACAGUUAAAGGGAGCAAGAUGUUUUUCUUUUGAUGAGCUUAAGAAAUGCACAAAUAAUUUUUCUGACAGUAAUGAGAUAGGAUCUGGUGGAUACGGGAAGGUUUACAGGGGCAUGCUUUCUGAUGGACAAAUGGUGGCAAUCAAAAGAGCUCAGCAAGGAUCAAUGCAGGGUGGCCUUGAGUUCAAGACUGAAAUCGAGUUGCUCUCGCGAGUUCAUCACAAAAAUGUUGUUGGCCUUUUGGGAUUUUGUUUUGAACAAGGAGAACAGAUGCUGGUUUAUGAGUUUAUGCCUAAUGGAACACUCAGGGAAAGCUUGUCAGGGAGAUCUGGUAUUCAUCUUGAUUGGAAGAGGAGACUCCGCAUCACUCUUGGCUCGGCAAGAGGACUAGCUUACCUACAUGAGCUUGCAAAUCCUCCUAUAAUUCACAGAGAUGUGAAGUCCGCCAACAUUCUAUUAGAUGAACAUUUAACCGCGAAGGUUGCAGAUUUCGGCUUGUCCAAGCUGGUAGCUGACAGUGGAAAAGGGCAUGUCUCAAGUCAGGUCAAAGGCACACCGGGAUAUCUUGAUCCUGAAUACUACACGACUCAUCAGUUAACUGAGAAGAGUGAUGUAUACAGCUUUGGAGUGGUGAUGCUUGAAUUGAUAACGGCUAGGCAGCCUAUUGAGAAGGGAAAAUACAUCAUCUGCGAGGUACAAUUGAUGAUGGACAAGAAUGAUGAAGAACACUAUGGUUUGAGGGAGUUAAUGGAUCGAAGCAUUCAAAACUCUGGAACUCUUACUGGGUUUGGGAGGUUCCUGGAGCUGGCCCUGCAAUGCGUUGAAGAAUCAGCUGCAGACCGCCCCACAAUGAGUGAGCUUGUGAAGGCUAUUGAAACCAUUCUGCAGAAUGAUGGCAUGAACACAAACUCAACAUCAGCAUCUUCAUCAGCCACAGAAUUUGCAGCAUCUAAAGGAGCUCCUAAGCAUCCGUACAACGAUGGCUUGCCCAAAAAGGAAGUGAAUGACAGCACUGGUGCCUUUGAUUACAGUGGUGGAUACGCAGUUUCGGCGAAGAUUGAACCCAUGUAG